UUAGUGUAUCCUCUCUGUCAAAAAAUAUUAACUACUACUGCACAAAAAAAAUCAUUUGAAUCGAAGAUGGUGAAGAAUGUUGUGAUUCCAUUAAAAUUACCUUUUAAUCGGCUGGAAAAUGGAAUGAAAUUUGCAUGAAUACAUUAAAAAUGGGUUCGAAGAUUCUGAAUGACAUUCAAAAUGAUCUCAAACUGUUAAUAACCUCCUUAACCGGCUUCGAGGAGCCAGAUGAGGGUUAUCACCUGUGUGAGCGUUACGUUUUUUCCAACAUGAAGCACCACCGUUUCCUAUCAAUCAACAGUCACGAGGUGAAACGCACAAUCGCCGAAGUUGAGGAAAAAUUUCGAAUUUACGGAAAAUACGCUGUUGCAAGAGACUUUAAAAAUCUCGUGGAGAACUUCCUCACAAGUUUUGAUUUCGAUCAUCAUCCACAGUACGAUCUCCAAUGGUCUCUCCUCUGCCUGCUUCUGAAUCUCUCAAGAGACACCGAAAAAUCCGAAAUCGAUUGUCUCCACACGACAAAGAUUGACAAGACAUUAGCAGCCUCCGAGGAAGUCGACGAGAUCGAUUGGGGCGAGCAUCUUAAAGAGGGCGAGGCUGACUUUUUCAACAAGUAUGCAAGUAGCUCCGAAUCCGAGUGGAGUGACGAUGAUGAUGAGAAACCAUUGAUAACUCAUGAAAAAUCCCAAAAGCUUCAUAACGAGCCAUGCCCCCUUUCCCUAGAACCUGCACAUCCUCUUCCCGAUCAGAAGCCCUCUUCAAUUUUCCAAUCAGCCAUCGAGUCCCGCAAUUGGCUGGACUCAAACGUCGAAAACACCUGGUGGAACGUCAUAAACACGAGUGACACCAGACCUAAACUCAAUUUUUCUCCUGUCGAUCUCUGUAGAAUUUAUGACAGAGAAAUUCUCAACAAUUCUAAACCUGUGAUGAUCAUUACCGAGUACCAAGCAUGCAGGGAACUGCUGUGGAUGUUUCAUGUGCCCAUGGAGAUGACGAUCUUCAAGAAAACAUCGCUCAAUUCAUUUCAUGUCAAAGACAACAUAUCAAUUACGAGUUUAACUCCGAAAUCAUUCCACUCAGCAUUCUCCACCUAUUGCAGAUACCUGGAGAUGGUCAAUCGAAUUAAUUUAUUUAGAAGGAGUAUCCAUGACAUUUAUGAGGGGGGAGAGCUUCCUCCUUUGACACUUGAGGCCUACCAUUCGUCCAUCAGAGAUUACUAUUGUGAUGUCAACAGAAAAAUUAUUGAAAUCGAACAACGAGUGAUGAAACAGAACGACAUAAACACAAUUUUAACUCUGUCGAGGGAAUUGGAAGUGCACUUGAACACUCUGGAGACUCUGGAUGAGAUUCACAGGUCUGUGGUAAUUCCAGAAAACGAUGAGAGUCAUUGGACGAAGUCUUAUAAAUUGCUUUCAUCGAUAUACAAGGAAAUGGAGAACUCCAGCAGUCGAAAACGUACCAAUCUCUGUGCCUCGUUAUAUCUGUCAUCACUGAAGGUCUACCUGAACAUCAUCGACACUUGGCUGAGUGAAGGACGUCUGGAGGACUUCAGAAAUGAAUUUCUCAUCUCCAAAGUCAAAGGAGAGAACUCGGACACGCAGGAUAAAGACAGAAGCGAGAAUUCUUUGUUUUCGUCUAGGAUUACAUUCGUUGUUAUGGAAAAUGACGGACCUGAUACGGCUGAUCCGAUCAUGAAAAAAUUGUUUAGGAAAGUCAGGGAUAUGGGAAGGAGUGUUGAGCUGCUUGUGACCUUGAACAGGAUAUCUGACAUGUGGAGAGCUCAUUCGGAAGAGUUUGAAAAGAGAAUUCCUCUUUGCGAAGAAUUUAUCAGACGAAUUAUGGAGGGAUUGGAAAGGUUCGGGGAGAGAGAUGAGACUGAUGAUGCUGAUGAUGUCAAUGACACCAUGGAGAGUGACUCUGAUGGUCAAUCUGAUCAGCGAUUUACUGAGUUGGAGGAGAAUAUCAGACAGCAGGUGCUCAGGAUUAAUAAUCCAUUCCUGAUGAAGGUUUUUCAGAAAUAUUUGCCUCCCAUCAAUGUUGAUGUUGUUGAUUGCAAAGAACAGGAGACACCGGAACGAUCUGGAAAAUCCCUCUGGGGAAUUCAAAUCUUCAAAAGAUUAGAAGCCAUUUCUCCGUAUGUUUUACCUUUCAGAAAGGUCCUCGAGGAAGUUCUUGAUAAAAUCCUCGAUAAAAGAUACUCCUGUGCUGCCAAAUUAGUGAAGGACAUUUUGAUUAAUGAGUACAAACUGGAAAAACAUCUGAGGCUGAUGAGAUCUGUUUUCAUGAUGGAACGGGGACAUGUUAUGACGAGGUUUUAUCAAAUGAUGUUCGCAGAUGUCGAGAGGAAUGUGUCGGUCAGUAAUCCGGAGAGUCUGACGCAUCUGUUGGAGGAGGUACUGUCAGAUGAGUGGAGAGAUUCGAGUUCUCAUAAUCGCUGGUCUAUUUCCUUGAAAGAUGUCUGCACGCGGCAAGUCUUGCAGGCUGUUGAUCACAUCGUGUUGAAUUAUGAUGUUGAUUGGCCGAUUAAUAUGGUGCUGACGAACGAGGCAUUGCAGAAGUACAAUGGUAUCUUCAGAUUUGGAUUGAAGUUGAAAUGGGCGCUGUGGGCACUCAAUAAUUUAAGAUUUAGUGAUCUUGAAGGAAAGGAUUCUGUACAUAUGAAUGAUAUGCUUCACCACUUUCACAUGAGAAGACUGGAGAGCUUGAGAUUCUGGUUAUUACAUGCUAUUGGCUCCAUUCACUCUUAUUUAUGUGGGCAAGUAUUGCAGAGUCUUGGAUUGAUCUUGGAAGAACAGUUGGCAACGGCUGAUAGCUUAGAUGCUAUUAUUCAAGCUCACAACGAUUACUUGGAAAAAGUGCACGAGCAUUGUCUCCAAACUCCUCAAUAUUCUGAUAUCAUGGUGACAAUUAAUAACCUCCUUGGUAUGUGUGUCCACGUGAGAGAGCGUUGGGAUCGUGGAGCAAAGCAACUGAUCGCCGCCGAGUUGGACCUGAUGGAGUCCAGUUUUACGAAAUAUCACACUUAUCUAGCCUUAGCGCUGCACAACGCAGUACAGCACAAGGAGGCUGAUUAUUUGGCUGGCUUGACAUCUGCUUUUAACUGACAGUGCUAUGCAGUUGUCCCCACAAAUUACACACAGAACUCACACAUGCUAAUCGAUUGAAUUAAUUCCAUUCAAUGUAGCAUCAUAAUGAAUAGCAAAGUCAUUGUACAUUACCGUUAUCCUACAAAAUACAGUCAUUAAUUUCCUGUAAAAUUAUUAAUUUCACUCGAUGUGUUUGAUGAGAAUUGUUAUCGAGGUGUCGACAAAUAUUGUGAAUAAAUUGAUUUUUUUUUGUAAUUUUGUGAAUUCUAUUACCCCUGACCACUCAACAAAAUUAGAUUUCAUUACGUGAAGAAUGAAGUCGAAAUUGUUUCACGAUUUUCCUUCCUCAUUUCUUCCAAUUGUAAUUUCUACAAAUUUUUUGGAGAUCCAGCAUUUUGUCUCGUCUAAAUUAACGCUUAAGCAAAUAAUCUCCAUGCAGAAUAAAGUAAAAAAAACUCAAAUCCGCAUCUUUCUACACUGAAAAACAAAUUAACAUUUAGCAAAUCUGUAUUCAUAUCAAUUUUGAUUUCAAACGACGCUUCGGACUUGAUACACAUUUUAAAAUCAAACUAAUGUCGUCUUAUUGAAUGUUCAUAUUACAAAUAUAUAAUUAGGAAGAAAAUACAUUAAAAAAUAUUUUAAGCUUAUCGUAACUUAAAAAAAUAGUUUACAAGAUAUAGACCGACUGUAAUGGUUGGGCGAGUGCGGUGUUGCUCCGGCGAUCAUCGAUGCUAAGCAGCGUUUCGUUGGGACACUACUUGGAUGGGUGACCGUUUGGGAACACCGUUCGCUCGCUCAAAAAUUACUGCACGGAAGGCACGGGUGUGGAGACCCAGUGUACCCUUCUAGUCAGUGUGACGGAAGGGUGCACUGGGACCCUGUACUAUCGGCCGACUGUACGGUAGAGGUUUUCCAUGGUUUUCCUCUACUCCUGUGCAAAUGCAGUACAGUUGGGGAAAAAAGUCGGUCCCAUGGCACCGCAGGGGAAGGGAAUAAAAUGUAAAAACCCGAGGGGGUGUAUACAUGUGAAAAUAAAAUAAAUAGUUUACAAGAUAUUUUAAAAUUUU